AUGUUGGUCCUAAAUGAGAGCUACAACGACCCUUCUUUCUCAGUUACACCAGGAAACGCAGUACCCUUUUCUUCGAACACCCACCCAAAUUAUGCGAUAUGCAAGAUCCAGAACGAGCAAGGUUACCACCAUGAGUUUGAUACUAUGAACGCGCUUGCCUGGGUCGAGUGCUUCUUGCCGGUUUUUCUAUGGGUUGGGAAUUGUGUUUUCAACGGCGAAGGUGAUAGACGAUUCAAAUUAGCUGGAACAGCGCUCUGUGGACUUCUCUCGCUCAUUGCCGGGCCAAUGUAUUUAACUUGGUUUUAUCAAUGCCCACAAAUCGGCUCCAAUAAGCCAGUAAAGAUGCAAAGGUGCUUCAAAGCGCACGUAUCUCUAUGUCUAGGCUGUGUCAUUCUAGGCGCGCUCGCUGUUGUCCAGGUUGUCUUUACGUUCUUAGGUGUGCUGAUGUGCGCUGACUGUAAAGCAGGCUUCCGCCUCAAGGCCCUCUUUGGUGCAAUCUUCAUGUAA